AUUGUCCAUUUUUGUGGACAAUCUGAGCGUCAAUUAGAGAGACAUACCGUAACACUCUAUUCCGAAUCGAGGACCACGAAAAUCUGUGAACAAUUGAAUCAAGUAAAACCUAUUAUUUUUGAAAUCUGUAGAUCGAAAUGUACCCUCGACACUGAAACCGCUCGUAAACCGCUCGUAAACCGCUUAAACCAGAACUCGGUCUAAAAAGCCGGGCACGGCCGAGAAAAGAAAAAACGGCAUCGAUCUUUUUCCAGCCGCGAGGCGGAAAAUCGCGGUCGAUAUUGACGGAUACAAUACAGUUUGUUUGCGAUUAUGCAAGCCGACCACCAGUGACGAUCUCCAGUUUUUCAUGGCGCCGUUUUGUUUGCUCGUUCGAAGCACGCUCGUACACACGAGCGAAAAAAGAGAGAGAAAACAAAAAGAAAACACGUUAAAACGCACACCUGUCGUUUCUACUUGUUGGCGUUUCUGCUAUUUUUGGAUCGUGUUUCCCUGUCGUAUGAUAGCACAGCUCGUUUCCGUCCAUACAAGCACCGUCCAUAUAAAGACAGCAUCCCGAGUUCGAUCUUCGCAGACAUCGACGAACAUUUUCGUUGGUUUCCGGCUUAAACGGAGCAACCGCGGCGGACUCGAAUCGCGACUCAUUCCCUUAACUUUUUUGUUCGCGGCAAUCACGGUUGUUUCGAAACGCUCGGCGACACGGAAAAAUACUUGCGGCGAAAAAAUGAAGGAGAACAACCUGAGCAUCGUUGUGCCUUACGUCGCGAUAGACGAGGAACAUUCGGCUGAUAGCAAAGAAUUGGUACCGGUCAACAGCCCCGACGAUUACGCGAUCAGAUCGAAGGUCGCGUGCUCCAUCUGGUUAGAGAAGAAAGGUUACAAGUCUAAGAGGAUGCUGGCGCGAUUCCUUAGCACCAGAGACCAGGAUCAAGCGACGAACGCCGAGGAUGCAUUAUUCGACAUGUUCAAAAACGAGGAGACCGAGCUUCUGCCGGUUGGCAAGUUCUUGGCCGCCCUGAGGACGACCGGUUUGAGGAACGACGACCCGAGGCUUCAAGAAUUCUCGGACAACCUGCGAAAGGAACACUUGAAGACGGGAGGUCACGAGGGCGUUUCUCACGAGACGCAGAAACUGAACAGGGAACAAUUCCGCAGGAUCAUAAAUCCGAACAUAGUAUUGAUCUCGAGAGCGUUCAGGCACCAGUUCAUCAUCCCGGACUGGUCGGGCUUCACGAAACACAUCGAGGACUUCUAUUGGAAGUGCAAGUCGAACUCGGAGGGCAAGGUCGCGUCUUACAUACCCCAGCUGGCUCGAAUGAAUCCGGAUUACUGGGGCGUCUCGGUCUGCACGAUCGAUGGACAAAGGUUCAGCAUCGGCGACACCUCCAUACCGUUCACCCUGCAGAGCUGCAGCAAACCAUUGACUUACGCGAUAGCCUUGGACAGGCUCAGCCAGGAAGUCGUCCAUCAAUAUGUCGGCCAGGAGCCGUCCGGCAGGAAUUUCAACGAGCUCGUGUUGGACUAUAACAAGAAACCCCAUAAUCCUAUGAUCAACGCUGGCGCCAUAUUGGUCUGUUCCCUGCUGAAGGCGUUGAUCAAGCCCGAGAUGACGCUCGCGGAGAAGUUCGACUUCACGAUGAAUUAUUUCAAGAGGCUGGCGGGCGGCGAGAAUCUCGGCUUCAACAACGCCGUGUUUUUAUCGGAGCGAGAGGUCGCCAACAGAAACUACGCGCUCGGCUUUUACAUGAAGGAGCACGAUUGUUAUCCGGACAAGUCGAAUUUACGUGAUAUAAUGGACUUUUAUUUCCAAUGUUGCUCGAUGGAAGCUAAUUGCGACACGAUGGCGGUCAUGGGUGCCACCCUCGCCAACGGCGGCAUAUGUCCUAUUACCGAGGAGAAGGUCCUGAAGCCCGACAGCGUUCGAGACGUCCUCAGUCUGAUGCACAGCUGCGGCAUGUACGAUUACAGCGGACAGUUCGCGUUCAAGGUCGGAAUACCAGCUAAAUCCGGAGUGUCGGGAAGCCUUCUGGUGGUGAUCCCGAACGUGAUGGGGAUCUGCACGUGGUCGCCACCCCUGGACCCCCUCGGCAACUCGUGCCGAGGCGUGCAGUUCUGCGAGGAGCUCGUGACCGAGUUCAAUUUUCACAGCACCUACUAUGAUCACAGGUACGACAAUCUGAAACACGCGACGAACAAGAAGGAUCCGAGGAGGCACAAGUACGAAACCAAGGGACUGUGCAUCGUGAAUCUGCUGUUCAGCGCGGCUAGCGGCGACGUCACCGCUUUGAGGAGGCAUCGUUUGAGCGGCAUGGACAUGACGCUUUCGGAUUAUGAUGGCAGAACAGCCCUGCAUUUGGCAGCCAGCGAAGGCCACAUCGACUGCGUCGAGUUUCUGAUCGAGCAGUGCGCGGUGCCGCACGAUCCCAAGGACAGGUGGGGAAAGCGGCCGGUGGACGAGGCAGAAACGUUCGGGCACAUGCAGGUGGUGGAAUACCUGUGCAAUUACGCGAUAGCGCACAAAACGGAAAUGGAGAACAGGGAGGAGGAGAAGGAGACCGAGAACCACGAGACCACGGAGCCGAGGAAACCCGCGGAGACCAGUGCUCGAAGUCCGCUACCAUAAACGAGGCUUUAGAUAGGAUACUUUUUCAUGGGAAACGUGAUGCGCGUGUGUGUGCCUGCAUGGCUGGUGCAUCUGUGAGAAUAUUGGUGGGGCUGCGUGCCUCUGUGUGUAUGCGUGUGAAUUUUCGUGACGUAGGAUAGGGAA